CAAAACCGGAAACAGAGGUUUUACGAGAGGGAAUUUUCAAAUAUAGAAGGGCCGCUCAACCGAGUUCAAUUCACUGUCUGGUAACAUAAACAACACAAUAUAGCUGCCCUACACAAUGCAGAGACCAACAAAGGGAAAAACUCCUCGGAGGCCAGUCACAAAGAAAACGUCAAACACACAGAAAGACCCGGUUGGAGUGUACUGUCGUAUACGUCCAUUGGGAGCAGAGGAUGAGGAGUGUUGUAUAGAAAUGAUAAGCAGCUCUACUAUUCAGCUGCAUGCUCCUGAUGGCCUUAAAGCCAACCGCAAUGGAGAAUACAAAGAGACUCAAUACUCGUUCAAGAAGGUUUUUGGAAUCCAGACAACCCAAAACGAGUUGUUUAAAGAUGUUGCCAAACCACUAGUGGAGGAUCUCAUUCACUGUAAAAAUGGUCUGCUUUUCACAUAUGGUGUCACAGGAAGUGGAAAGACCUUUACCAUGACUGGAUCACCUGGAGAAGGUGGACUCCUCCCUCGCUCACUGGACAUGCUUUUCAACAGCAUCAGCCCUUUUCAGGCUAAGAGAUAUGUCUUUAGGACAGAUGACAAGAAUGGGAUGGAGAUCCAGAACCAAGUUGAUGCCCUUUUUGAGAGGCAGAAGAGAGAGUGUCAACUGUCUGUGCCAAAGACUCCUUCCUCAAAACAAAAACCAGACCCAGAGUGUGCAGACAUGAUUGACCCAGAGGAGGCCUGCAGGUCUGAGGGAGUGGAUGAGGACAGCUGUUACAGUGUGUUUGUGUCCUACAUUGAAAUAUACAACAACUACAUUUAUGAUCUCCUGGAGGAGGUGCCCUAUGACCCUAUUAGACCCAAACCACCACAGUCUAAGAUUCUUCGUGAGGAUCAGAAUCACAACAUGUAUGUGGCUGGAUGUACAGAGGUCGAGGUGAAGUCCACUGAAGAAGCCUUUGAAGUGUUUUGGCGGGGUCAAAAGAAAAGGAGGAUAGCAAACACUCAGCUGAACCGCGAGUCGAGUCGCUCCCACAGUGUGUUCAUAGUCAAACUGGCCCAGGCGCCAUUGGAUGCCGACGGGGACUACAUUCUACAGGAUAAAAACCAGGUGACUGUGAGCCAGCUGUGUUUGGUGGACCUGGCUGGAAGCGAACGCACCAGUAGGACCAGAGCAGAGGGCAGCCGCCUCAGAGAAGCAGGCAACAUAAACCAGUCUCUGAUGACGCUGCGUACAUGUAUGGAGGUUCUACGAGAGAACCAGAUGUGUGGGACAAACAAGAUGGUACCUUACAGAGACUCCAAAGUAACUCAUUUGUUCAAGAACUACUUUGACGGUGAAGGCAAAGUCAGAAUGGUGGUGUGUGUCAACCCAAAAGCUGAUGAUUAUGAAGAAACUGGGCUGGUGAUGCGCUUUGCGGAGAUGACCCAGGAGGUGGAGGUUGCCCGGCCUGUGGACCGGCCCAUCUGCAGCCUGGCGGCGGGCCGCAGACACAGGAACCAGGCCUUCAGGGAUGAGCUGACCCAGCGCCUGGAGGAACCUGGGGGACCCAGCAACAUCGAUGACCCAGGGGUAUUGAACCACCUCCUGGACAGUCUUCCACCACUGCCCUCCAUUGAUAUGGUGGACCCCUCAGACGAACAGACCAUGCCUCGCCUCAUCGAGGCGCUGGAGAGGAGACACCGCAUCCGCCAGAUGAUGACCGAGCAGUACUCCAAGACUGCCAACAAACUCAAAUCCAUGCUGCAGGAGUUUGACGGCAACCUCAUGGCCAAGGAGAACUUUAUCCAAGACCAGAGGGGGAAGCUGGGGGAGAAGGAAAAAGUCAUCUCUAACCAGAAGACUGAGAUUGAACGUCUGGAGAAAAAAUCCAAAAUGCUGGAAUACAAGAUCGACAUCCUCCAGAAAACCACCAACAUUUACGAGGAGGACAAGCGCUCCCUGAAGCAGGAGCUGGAGAGCCGGGAGCAGAAGCUGAACAGGGAGCUGUCCGAGAGGAGGCGCAUGGAGCAGCGCAUGCAGGGCAUGGUCACCGACACCAAGCACAAGUGGGAGAAGGAGUGUGAGAGGCGUGUGAAUGCCAAGCAGAUGGAGUUGCAGAACAAGCUGUGGGUGAAGGACGAGAAGCUAAAGCAGCUGAAGGCCAUCGUGACGGAGAGCAACGCCACAGAGCGACCUGAGAAGCCCCAAAGGCCCUCCCGGGAGAGGGACCGUGCAGCUCCACAGAAGAGGUCUGCCUCGCCAACGCCCCUACCUGACUCCAGCAAAACGCCCUCCCGCCACCAACACCAGGCAAAGGUCAAAGCAGUUCAGGGCCACCCCCCCCCUUCCUCCUCCACCUCGAUUAGUGUGUCUGUAGCAUCCUGCAUCUCUGAUUGGGAGCAGAAGUUCCCUCUAGAGGCCAGGCAGGUUAGGGAGCCCCCCGGGACCCACAGGAACAGUAACUGGACCCCCUACGUCAGCAGCAGUGUGGGCCGCAGGUGCGGCCAGCGCUGGGCCCCCGCCUCUGAGACCCCCUCCUACAAGCUAGACCUAGAGUCAGGCUCAAGGACGGCGACGCCAGUUCGCCCCCUUCACCGUCGCUCGCACUCAGCGGGUGGGGAGAGAUGGGUAGACCACAAACCACCCUCUAAUUUGGAUUUAGGCACUGUCAUGCAGCCAAUCAUACCCAGUGCAAUCAAGGUGUCGGCCGCCAGCGAGAAAGCUCUUUCUAAAUGCCACAAGUAUGUGCUAACACACCAGGAGCUUGCCUCCGAUGGGGAGAUUGAGACCAAGCUGAUCAAGGGUGACGUGUUCAGAACGAGAAGCGGUGGCCAGGCUGUGCAGUUCACAGACAUUGAAACACUGACACAGGAGUUCCCAUCCACCUCAAGUCGUAAGAGAAGAUCCGGAUCAGGGGAUGGCCCCAGACAGGCAGAGGACCACAGGAAAAUGGAGUGGGAUGACACUGAGAACGAGGCUCCGGUUGCAAGCACAAGCUCGGCUUACGGCUAUCAAAAACGCCGAAAGCCCUAGCACUUGGAAGGAAUGAUGAAACCAUUUUUUUAAAUGGAGGAUUACUUUUGUGCAUUGGACCAAUGACUUGACCUUUGGUCUAAACUAUGCAUCUUUUUACAUUUUUGGAAGUUGGGCCUUAUAUUAUAUUUGAUCAUGAAUGUUCCUGUAAGUGACAUUUGUUAUUUUGUAAUAUUGGAAUUAUGUUCAUAUGUCCACAUGAACAGACAAUU